AUGGAUCCAUAUGCACUGAAGUCCGUUUCAGAUUUACCUGCUCCCUUCCGUUCAAUUUUUGGUUUCAGGUACUUUAACUCGCUGCAGAGUGAAUGCUUUUCUGCCUGUUUCCAAUCCGAUGUAAAUAUGGUCAUUUCAGCACCAACUGGAAGUGGAAAAACAGUACUUUUUGAGCUUUGCAUUUUGAGACUGCUGUCAAGGUUCAUCUCUGCAGAGGGAAGAUUUAUUCACUUAAAGGGAAUGCUCAAAACAAUCUAUAUAGCCCCAUCUAAGGCUUUGGUACAAGAGAAGCUGCGGGAUUGGAACCAGAAGCUUGGGUCAUGGGGCAUAAAUUGCCUAGAACUGACAGGUGACAACGAAUCUUACAACAUAAGGAACAUACAAGAAGCAGACGUUAUUGUAACCACUCCUGAGAAGUUUGAUGCAGUGACUCGGUAUCGCAUAAAAGAUGGUGGCUUGAGCUUUUUCAGUGAUAUAGCACUUGUGCUCAUUGAUGAAGUUCACUUGUUGAAUGAACCACGUGGAGCAGCUUUGGAGGCAAUAGUUUGUAGAAUAAAAAUGCUUUCUCGUAAUCCUGAAAUGAAAGCAAGUCCUCUGGCUCAUGUCCGUUUCGUUGCUGUUUCUGCCACUAUCCCAAAUAUUGGUGACCUUGCUGAAUGGCUUAUGGUUCCUAUCCAAGGAAUCAAAAAGUUUGGUGAAGAAAUGAGACCUGUAAAGCUGACUACCAAAGUCUUUGGGUACACCCCUGCAAAAAAUGACUUCCUAUUUGAAAAACGCCUUCAAAACUAUAUUUUCGAUCUUCUCAUGCAAUAUUCUAGAGCGAAAUCUGCCAUGAUCUUUUGUUCAACAAGAAAAGGAGCCCAAGAAGCAGCACAGCGACUAUCUCAGACCGCAAUGACCUUUGGUCAUUCUAAUCCAUUCAUUAAAGACAGAGAACAGCAGGAAAGACUAAGGGAAGCUUCACUAUUAUGUAGUGACAAACAAAUGCAAUCAUAUAUCCUCUACGGUGUUGGUUACCACAAUGGUGGGCUUUGUCUGAAGGAUCGGAACCUCAUUGAAGGCCUUUUUCUUAAUGGUGAUCUUCAAGUUCUGUGCACUACAAAUACUCUUGCCCAUGGAAUCAACCUACCAGCACAUACAGUAGUGAUCAAAUCAACACAGCAUUUCAACAAGGAGAAGGGGCUCUAUAUGGAAUAUGACCGAUCAAUGAUACUACAGAUGUCUGGGAGAGCAGGUCGUCCACCUUUUGAUGAUACAGGAAUGGUUAUAAUUAUGACAAGGAGAGAAACAGUCCAUUUGUAUCAGAAUCUUUUGAGUGGUUGUGAAAUGGUUGAAUCACAAUUGCUUUCAUGCAUAACGGAGCAUCUUACUGCGGAAGUUGUGCAACUCACCAUUUCAGAUAUAACACGGGCAAUUGAAUGGAUGAAGUGUUCAUACUUAUAUGUCAGAAUGAAAAAGAACCCUGAAAAUUAUGCAAUAAAGAAAGGGAUUCCUAGUGACCGUAUAGAGAAGCACAUGCAAGAGAUUUGUGUUCAGAAAGUUAAUGAGUUAUCGAGAAAUCAAAUGAUCUGGACUGAUGAAGAUGGUUUCCUCUUGAAGCCGCUUGAGCCCGGAAGGCUGAUGACGAAGUAUUAUUUGAGAUUCGACACCAUGAAAAACAUUAUGCUGGCCCCUGCGGACUGCAGUGUAGAAGAUGCUCUCCAUGUUGUCUGCCGAGCUGAAGAAAUUGCCUGGAUACAGCUCAGGCGCAAUGAAAAGAAGCUUUUAAAUGAUAUAAAUACUGACAAAGAUGGCCGGCUUCGCUUUCACAUCCUUGGAGAUAAUAAAAAGAGGAAAAAGCGUAUCCAAACCAGGGAGGAGAAGAUAUUUCUUUUAGCAAAUGACUGCUUGACUGGGGAUCCUUCAUUGCAUGACUUAUCCAUGAGCCAGGACAUGAAUUCUAUAUGCUCAAAUGGAUGUAGAAUUGCCAAGUGCAUGAAGGAGUAUUUUAUUUAUAAAAAGAAUUACAAAGGAGCUUUAAACUCAACCCUUCUAGCCAAAUCCUUUCAUCAAAAACUCUGGGAUGACAGCCCAUACUUGCUGAAACAAUUACCUGGCAUUGGAAUGGUGACUGCUAAGGCACUUCAAUCCAUGGGAGUAAAGUCAUUUGAGACCCUUUGUGAAGCUGAUCCAAGGAAAAUAGAAAUAAUCACUGGUCGAAAAUACCCAUUUGGGAAUCAUAUAAAGGAGUCACUGCGGUCGCUACCCCCCAAAAUUGAGAUGAAGCUUGAGGAAACUCAAUGCCAAAGGCAAGGGAAGUCCAAACUAGUAGUAACAUUGACUAGACUAUCAGAAUCGGCUCAAUCAAACAAACGACACUAUGCUGAUAUGGUUGUUGCUUUAGAAGAAGAUAACCAGAUUCUGUUUCAUGAGAAAAUAAGAGUGGAUGAGUUUUCCAGCCCUUAUAGUGCAACCAUUCUGGUGUCAAGCCCUCAGCAAGAAAAGAUGACUGCUAAGGCAGACAUGAUUUUUGAAGAAUUCAUAGGAAUUGAUCUCCACCAAAAAUACAUAUUAAGGAAGAUGACUGACUCAAACAUGAUCCACAAGCUUGGAAUUAAGCAUCUGUCCUCUUUUCCUCAGCCCAAGGAUGUGUGCAUUAUAGAAGACGAUGACAAAGAAUAUACAUCUUGUGCUCCAACUGAAGCGUUUCGCAAUUCAAGUAAAUCCAAAGGAAAAAUUGAUAGCAUGCCCAGUUUCAACCUCCUAGAUGAGGAGUCAGAAGAAGAAGGUGGGCCUAGUUUUGAAACCGGAGACAGUGAAUGCAAAAUUAUAAACCAAAGAACAGUGUUUGACCACAUACGUGAAAAAGCCAAGAGCUUUCCUAACUUGGCUGCAUCACCUAAUGCAUGCCCCCCGUCAUCAGAGACCUUGCUCCUCAUCAGAAAACGCACUCAUGAGAAACAUCUCGAACACAACAAUGCCAUAGAAGUUUUGGAGGAAACAGAGGGAAAUAAAAUUCCACGUUCAAAUUUGCUCAUUCCAUCUUCAGAACACAGAGAACAACAUAGAGAUGACAUUGACAAAGCCUCUACUCCAAAUUCCCCUAUAUGCUUCGGCAAGCUUUGUCUUGAAUCUAAAGAGAGCACAUCCAAGACCUUAACUGAAGAAACAAUAUUUGAACACAUACAUAAAAAGGCUAAGAACUUCUCAACGGUCAAUAAAUGGAAAUUCUUGGAGCCUGAACCAUCUAUCACAACAAAAGAACUCUUCACCAAGAACCAGAUCGAGUCCAAGAAUGCUGCUUUUGAUAUGUUGGAGCCGAAGCUUUCAGAUUCAGAACCCAUGGAGAAGGAAGGCUUACAGGCUAUAAAAUACGAUCUGCUUUCUCAAAGCACCCGUGGUGCAUUUGGAAGGAGUGAUCAAACAUCAUUCAAAAUUCCAGCUCUCAGUAACCAAAUAUUAGACAAUGAAUUCAGCUUCGAAGGCCCGGGAAUCUCCAUAGAAAGCAGUGGGAAACAGUCAUGCUCUCCUAGUUUAUCAAGAAGGCAGUGCUGUUCGAAGACAACCACAAGCGAAAUCAAGGAAGCGGAUUCCUUUCUUGGGUUUAAGAGUGUGUUUUCAUUUCUCUGAGUGCUUCUACACUGCAUAAGAUACACAUUCCUUUCAAGAGUUUCUUAUUUCUUGCUCACAUUGAGAAAUGUUUACUGUUCUUAGUGCCUUGGUAUGACAAUUUCAAGAGCAAAGUGAAUUCUCUCUUUGGUUCGUCCUGAUACUGAUAGUAACUUCAUGACUUGG